AUGUCCUUUUUCUGUGCUGUUUGGGCCAUUACUGGAUGGCAAGCCCCGGCCUUUGUCGCCGAGGAAACACACAACGCCUCCCGAACUGCGCCUAAAGCCGUCAUCACCUCCUACCUUACCAUUUCUACGGGCGGUCUUGUUGUUUCUCUUAUUACAGCUUUCUGCAUUCCUGACAUUACUGUUGCUGCUGAUGAUCCGGGCGGCUUUGCCAUGUACACUCUCAUCGUUGAUCAUUGGGGCACCCACCUGGGUUGUGCAUUCCUCAUGGUUCUAACAACGGCUGGAUGCAUGGGUGGCCCGUCUCUGUUGCUGACAUCGGCUAGCCAAGUUGCCGCUUUCGCCAGGGACGGUGGCCUCCCUUUUCCUCACGUCUUCGCUCACGUCCACCAACCAACAAACAUGCCUAUCGCCGCAACAGGGCUCCUUGUCACAGGCGCACUCUUGAUUCUCCUGUUCGCUCUGUCUGAUAUGGCUCGCACUAUCAUUUUCUCCCUAGCAGUCAUUGCUUAUUUGUUGACAUCCGCUGCCCCCAUCUUUUUGCGCCUUGUUUACAGGCACCGCUUCGUCCCUGGCCCUGUAUACUACGGCAAGUUCAGUAUGCCAAUCCAUGCAUGGGCACUUCUCUCAGUCUGCUAUUUUGUCAUCAUGGAGUGCUUCCCAGCCUCUCCGAACUGGACGGCCAGCACCUUCAAUUACAACUGGGUUAUUACCAUCGGUAUUCUCAGCCUUGCAGUUGUCUUGUGGCCGACGGUGCGAAAGAAUUAUAGGUCUUUCGAGCUUCAAGCUAUUGAUGGAGAGUUAUACGAUGUAGCCAAUGCACAGACGGAAACAUCUGUGUACAAGCAUGCGUCGCAUUGA